CUUGCGUAUAGUGUGAUGACUGAACUAUAUCGCAUCGAUAGAAAGGAGGCUCGUGAUAUGUUGGUGACAAAAGUGAAAAGAUACAACUCUACAACAAUUUUGGAAAUAAGUGAAAAGUUUACACUGAUGAAGUUUAUGGGACAUGCUGCAUGUCAAACAAAGCUGAAUAAGAUUUGGAAAGGUCAUAUUUCCACAAAUACUUCAAAUAUUAAGGCAAUCAUUGCUGCUUUUAUUCCAAUUUUUAUAAUGAAAGUAGUCAAGACAGAUAACAAAGUUGGACCACAGAAACCAAAUGGAACAACGUCGGAGGUUGACACAAAAUGGCCCGACUGGAGAAAUAUAUAUUACUUUUACAAUUCACCUAUGAUCAAGUUUCUUUUCCAUGUUUUGACGUAUAUGGCUAUGCUAGUGAUUUUCUGCAUGUUUAUAUUGACGGAUCUACACCCAAUGUCAGAAAAAUACCCAUCAGUAUAUGAAUAUAUUGUGUAUGCAAUGGCAGGGUCAUUAAUGAUAGAAGAAACCAGACAGGCUUUUGUUAUCAAGCAAGUGUCGUGGAAUUUAAUGACCUGGUUCAGUUUUUGGACCCUAUUUGAAAUUCUGAUGUACAGUAUGUUUAUAACUUCUGUAUUUCUAAGAUUGACCUUGUCAGUUGGGAAGUUUUACCAUACUCGAAUGACAUAUGCAAUAACAUUAGGACUUUUCAUUGUAAACGGGAUGCAGUUUUUUCUUGCUUCAAGACAUAUUGGUCCGAAAGUCAUCAUGAUUGGAAGAAUGAUGUAUGACAUCAUCUUUUUUAUAUUGAUAUUUGCUGUAUUUGUAUUUGGCUUUGGUGUAAUUUAUCAAGCAACGAUGUACCCAAAUUCUACGCUAGGAUUUCAACUGUUCAAAGAAAUCAUAUACAUGCCAUAUUGGCAGUUGUAUGGUGAAUUGUUUUUAGCCGAAUUUGAAGGAAAAGAACCAUCUCCCUGUUCGCAUGAUGUUUCACUUUAUUCUAAAGGGACUAUCGCAAGAUGCCCAGAGGUUAACCAGAUCAACACCUUAUUGUUGGCUAUCUACAUGGUGGUAACACACAUAAUUCUUGUCAAUAUUCUCAUUGCAAUGUUUUCGAAUACAUUCACCAAGGUUCAAGACAACAAUGAACUAGUUUGGAAAUUCCACAGAUAUUCCCUCGUCCAGGAGUAUUAUGAUAAAUCUAUGUUGAUACCGCCAUUAAUUAUUAUCAGUCACAUGUUUAAGAUCAUUAUGUGUAUGUAUAAUGCAUGUAGAGGCAUCACAAAUGGAAGUAAUAUGUUCAAGUUGAAGAGACCUGAUGCCCCCAACAAAUUGGAAAAGAAAGCAGUUUACAAUUAUUUUAAUCUGCCAGCUCGGAUGAGACGGUAUCAUGCCAAGAACAUGGAGGCCGAAAAAGACGGGUUGGAAGCUAGCUAUGAACAAGAUACUGAACUUAGCUUACAAGAGCAGUUUGAUUUAUUAUCCUCGGACAUGGAUUCAAUGCAGGAAAAUCAAUUGAAAACUUUGCAGGCUAUUAACCAAUUGAAAGAAAAACAGCAGAAGCUAUUGAUAGUGGAUGUUAAUUCCAAAACAGAGGGUCAAAUCUUUGUACCCGUGGAAAUGCCUAUAACACGAUCAAAAUGAACGUGAGGGUACUCAAAUUGCACCAUUUUUGACAGUAUUUUAACCUACUUUUAUAUAUGCUCCGGACAAUGUUUAAUUUUGAAUCCAUAUCAAAUCAUUGUAAAAACUGGUCUAAACUGACCUCAAAACCAUCAAUGAUUCCGUAAUCAGGACUACCCAAAUUGCAUCGUCAAAAGUUGUUUUCUUUCUUCAAAUAUUUUAAACAAUUGGAUAUGAGUCCAUUAUUAUUCUUCAUUUCUUUUUUAAAGAAAUGGAUGCUUUUAACAUAUUGUAUCUAAUAAUUUUAAAACGAUGAUGUGUUGAUGACAUCGCAUGGCGAAGUUUUCCGUACAUUUUACUUUGUCAGUAAAAACUUCAUCUGCAAAUAAAUACUGUGGAAGAAUAUAUUUACUCAUGUAAGACGUGCACGGUAUCAAAUCGUAAACAUACAAAUUGUUACAAAUUGAUACAAAUUGAUACAAAUUGUUUUUUACUAGUUAUGUGCAAUUUGGGUACCCGCUGCAAUUUGAGUACCGUAACGUUAGAUUUUACAAUCUCAAUCUUUAAAACAUUGUACCAACAUUAAAAACUUUGAUUUUUCAACCCUUUAUACCACUAUUCCACAUACUAAACUUAAAGCUCGACUGAAAGAACUCGUCAGCUUAUGUUUAUUUAAUCAAAAGGGCACUAGACGUUUUAAAUAUCUGGUUUUGGGCUGGAAUUCAGCUUACUUUGUGAAAAAUCAUAAAGAGUCAAGGAAAAAAUAUACCGACGAGGAUAUCACUGCCAUGCUGGACUUUUUAAUUGACAACAUAU